AGAGACCCGCUCAUCGGAAUUGUUGGCAAGCCGUCGAGCGGUAAGUCGACGACGUUGAACUCGCUGACCGACGCAAACGCCAAGAUCGGCGCGUUUCCGUUCACGACGAUAGACCCAAAUCGCGCAACAGGGUAUCUCCAGGUGGACUGUGCGUGUGCGCGAUUCGGGAAGCAGGACCUGUGCAAGCCGAAUUACGGAUGGUGUUCUGGUGGGAAACGACAUGUGCCUGUUGAGCUUCUUGACGUGGCGGGGCUGAUUCCCGGUGCGUCGCAGGGACUCGGGCUGGGAAACAAGUUCCUCGACGACCUGCGCCACGCCGACGCCCUGAUCCACGUCGUCGACGUUUCUGGGACGACCGACGCAGAGGGCAAGGCCACGCGCGGAUACGACCCUGUGCAGGACGUGGAGUGGCUGCAGGACGAAAUCCGGCUGUGGAUCGAAAAUAACCUGAAAAAAAGAUGGGGGUCGAUUGUAAGAAGACACACGGCCACCAAGUCGUCGAUCGUCGACACGUUGCAGGCGCAGUUUGGCGGAUAUGGUGCCACAGCAAGCCUGGUAGCCAAGGCCGUCGAUUCGAUACCAAACCUCCCCCCCUUGGAGCAAUGGGACGAACAUUGGAUCACCACCGUGGUGCGGCACUUCAUGAACGUCAAGUUCCCGACGGUGUUGGCGCUGAACAAGAUCGACCAUCCCGACGCAGAUAAGAACGUGAGCAAGAUCCUGCUGAAAUACCCCGACUCCAAGGCAGUGCUCACCAGCGCCGUGACAGAGGUGUUUCUGCGUCGACUGGCCAAGCAAAAUUACAUCCGGUACGAGGAGGGAACAGAAUUUAUAGACACGCUUGAGGAUCUGGGCCCGGACAGUGGGCUGAGGCCGCUGGACGAGAAAUUAAUGCAGCGGAUUGAGAACAUCAGGGACCUGGUGCUGUUCCGUUUUGGCUCUACAGGUGUGGUCCAGGUGUUGCAGGAAGCAGUGAAAAUAUUGGACCUGGUGCCCGUUUUCACGGUCAGAAACAUACAGACGUUUACGGGCAGCUCGGGCAACCACGUGUUCAGAGAUUGCACGUUGGUCAAGAAGGGCACUAGCGUCGGCAAGGUAGCAAGACAGAUCAUGGGCGAGGUGACGAUUGCGGCGAUCGAGGGCGUCGAAGGCAAACGCAUCAGCGUCGACGACACCGUCGACGUCGGAAAAAACGACAUCCUGUCGUUCAAAGUGGUUCCUGGGGGCCUCACGACGUCGUCAUAGAUAGAGUAGCAUGAAGCGAGAGACACAUCCGUACACCGCCAGGACAGCGGCUGCUCGGGUUCCGCACAAGAGUAAAAUUUUCACAAAACUCGUCAGCAGACACCAGCACGCCCCGCACCUUGUGGAAAUUUCUAGCAAACAUCAUUUCCCUUUUUGUUUUCCCAAAGUAUCUGUUGCUAAACGAGGCUUGUAUUUCUACGUUUGAGGCUGCCAACGACGUAUAUCUUCCCGUUCAUAUACUACCGUUCUUGAUACCGACCCCAGUUUGUUCCCUUCUGCGCCCACUAAUUGGAGCCUAAGAGCACAAGCAUCAAGCAGACGCAAUUUUCAAGGUAAGACAAGGCCGGGUAGCCCAAACACAGGUGUAUGUCUAAAGCCUUCCCAAGAAACCCUGACCUCUCAUCCACAUAUCCAUGGGCGCUUUCCGACCAAGCGUGAACCCCGGCGAGGUUGUUGAUCAAUUGCACGGCUCGCCACAGAUCGAAGAAAUCACAGACAAGUCUGGAGGCAACCAGAUUGAUUCCAACAUCCCAAACCUCACGGACAAUGAACUUUUGGAUCCAAUUUCCACCACCACGGGCACGACUCCCACAAACAACACGUCGAAUGGUUUAUACCCUUUUCCUACAUCAGAUGUGCCCUCUUUGGGCGAUGAUUCCAACACCGGAGACCAUAUUGCGCAUACACCUGUCGUCACGUCACCGCAAUCGUCCAUUUCCAUCAAAUCAGAUGCACGGCAUAUUAACCCGUAUGCAAACGGUAUCAACGGAAAUAACUACUACAUGAUUUCAAGGUUCAACCCCCCUGCGUCAUUGCCGUAUUAUGAUAGUCCCCAACUAUCGUCUGGAACGACCAAUUCGAACGUGAAAUCUUUGCAAUUCAAGAAACCCAAACCGAAGAAGCUUCAAAACCAGAUGUCCGGACCUCCAAAACGGCCCGCUUUUGUCAUGAAGUUAUGGAACAUGGUCAAUGAUCCUUCCAACUCCAAAUACAUCUCGUGGCUACCUGACGGAAAGGCCUUCCAGGUGAGCGACAGAGAGAGCUUCAUGAGACAUGUGUUGCCCAAGUACUUCAAACACAAUAACUUUGCUUCCUUUGUGAGACAGCUGAACAUGUAUGGCUGGCACAAAAUUCAGGAUGUCAACUCAGGGUCCCUUGUUCAAGGUGAAGAAGUUUGGCAAUUUGAGAAUCCAAAUUUCAUCAGGGGCAAGGAGAAUCUGUUGGAUAACAUUGUCAGAAACCGGUCUUCCAAAGAGGAGGACGACGACAUCGACAUCAAUACCUUGCUGAUGGAGUUGGAGUCGAUGAAACAGAAACAGAGGAUGAUUGCUGACGACCUGAGUAGACUCGUUCAGGACAACGAGCUACUAUGGAAAGAGAAUUACAUGGCUAGAGAAAGACACAAGGCUCAAUCGGAAACUCUUGACAAGAUCUUGCGAUUUCUUGUCACCUUGUAUGGUGGGUCGUCCAAGUUUCUGGAAAGUGCAGGAGGAGCUCCCAGCGAGUUUCUCGAGAUGGCCUCGAAAAGAGACGCACAGGAACAGCAACACCAUCCGCAUGGAUCAGAUUUCGAUAUUCAACAGCAGAUGCACCAGCAGCCUAACUCGUACUACCAGCCUCAAAAUGGGAACAGCAGGUUGAUGCUGACUCACAGAGCACAUAACAAUGGGUCCAAGUCGACCUCGAGAGAUACAUCUAGCAGCCAGAGCAUUAACAACGGUUCUGACGCCAGCGACUUACCGAUCCAGGAGAUCCGCAGAGGACCCGAGAACCAGAACAGCGAACAGCUCGACGGCUAUAAGCCGUAUCCACUCCAAGGAACGCCGCAAUUUCAACAUCCGUUACCGAACUUCCAGUCGCCUGCUUCAAUGGCCAAUUCACCACGUUCUUACUUCCCCGAGAUCAGUCCGCAAGUGCCGCAAUCUUCGGUCCCCGCCACGCCGUCCGCACUGUCCUCUGCAGCUCCUUUGCAACAAGACACAGAUACUCACAUGCCUCCUGAAUAUCUCAUGGGAAACAUCAACCAGCAGCUGAACAAGCAGCAGAGCUCGAUCCGGCAGAUAAACGACUGGAUCUCGCGGCUGGCCAGUUCAAAACUUCCUGACGAGAUCAACGCUAAUCAACAGCCACUUAUGGAUGAUUUUAGAAUGGACGAUUUUUUACUUCCGCAGACCCCGAACGGCGGUGUCGAUCCGUCUUUGAACACUGACGACAAUUUUGGUGAGAUCUACAACCCUUCUCAGCAAGAGUCCAACGAAUCCUACACAGACUCCUCGUCCUCGCGGGCCAGCACGUUUUCCAGCAAAAAGAGAAGAGACAGUUCGCCGUCCUCAGAGGACAAGAAAAGGAUCAAACAACUUUAAUACAAGUUUAAUACAUUUUAUGAGAUACAUAUUGCUAUUUACAUUUGCAAUAAUAUUUUAUGCUAGCUAGACUUUAAUAUAUCUGAUGGGUUUAAGUCCAUGUCAGUUUCUAGGGGUGGAGAGAUGAGUUUGGCCAUUUCGAUAAAAUCCUUGCUGUUCUGGUCUAAAGACGACGGAAUCGUUUGUCGAGGCCAAUGCAGUUUCUUCCACAUUUCCUGGCCGAACGCCAAGUCUUCAGGCUCCACUGCUCUGCACACAAAGUCUUGGAGCCCGUGGAUCCGAGCGUAGUUUGCCAGAAGUUUGAAAUGUCUACCUUGGAGAAAGUUCUUGUGUGCUGUGUUGUGCGUGAGAAUAUGCACCAUGUACCGCGUGAGUUGCGGCCAGUGCUCGAAAAAUGUACAUUUAGUCAAAUAUUUGUCAAUGAGCUCGUAUGCAAGGAUGUGGCUCGCUUUCACUUUGAAUUGAUAUUGGAACUUGUGGCAGAACGCAACGCAGUUGUAGAUCUCGUUUCUGUUGAGGAAGUAUGUGUUGAAAGCCGAGAAAGUUCCUAAAUUGACCCGGGCCCGAUUGGACAUGUGCAUACCGUGCACCAGCUUGAACGCUUCGGAAACGUGGUCCUCGUUCAGACACGCGCGACAGAGCUUGUUCAUCAGAUAGGUGUCGAUGUUGUCGAGAUUAUAGCCGUUUUUUUCGUAGAAUUCAAUCAGCUCGUCGUAUCCGCACGUUGUGGACAUGCUGUGGACUGCGCUCCGAAAAACCGGUUCCUGGUCGAUGCCGUACUCAGGCAUCAGUUCCAGCAGCUCGAACCGUUUCGAGUUUGUUCGGAGCGCACGGAAGAGAUAGUACCACGUGUUGGCGUUUGCGUUGACCCCUUGUUGUUUGAGUUUUUGGAGUCGCUCAAUUUUGUCCUCGUAGGUGGUUUUAGCCAUUGAAAACGCCAUCAUCACGUUGUGGAAGUCAAUGUCACGUUUAAACGCCGUGGACUCCUCCAUGCGGUCCAUCGUCUGUUCUGCCGCAGGGUCGUCUAAAUAGAAAUGCAGGUCUUGCACGAUGUCCAGAUAAGACUGUUUGGAGAGCAGGUCUGGUGUCGAAUCGACUAUCCGCGUCAGCAGUUCCUUGAUCAGCUUAUGAGUCCCGGGGGCAUACGUAUAGUUGGUUAGCUCAUGGACGUACGUGUUGACGGUCUCCUUGUUCAUCUCGGGCACACGUGGCAAAAUCGACCGUUUCGACCGGUGUGCGGCCUCCUUGUAGGGAAACUUCGAUUUGGGCACCGGCUUGGGACUGAUGCUUUUCAAAAGCUCAAUCACGCGGUAUUCCUGGUCAUACUGUUGGGGGUUGGAGGUGAGCGGCAGGGCUUCGUUCCGCAGACAAGAAAGUGUGCCGAAUCGACGAUAACGAACGG